CCUCAGCUGCUUAGGUAGGUAGGUACUGUAAUAACUCAGGUGCGGUAGCGUGGCCCAGUCUGGCUGGGUGGAACAGAACCAGGAGCAAAGGCGAGAGUCGUCAGAAACGUCAAACUUCCCUCUCCGUGCCUUGUGCUGCCGCUACCUAUCUCAAAUCAACACCUCAUUUCUCCUCCGCCAACUACCACACGAACCCGCUCCUCUCACCACGACAACCACCCCGUAUCUGUCGCCAGCCUACCGUCGGAUAGUGGCAUGGUCUGCAUGCCCGCAACCUUCUGACAAUAAUUCUUAUCCACCAUCCCGGUUGCGUCGUCUCAGAUUUUAGAGCCCGCCCUCUCCCCCCAUCCCACAGCGACCGCCGCUCGCCCUCAACCAAACCAGCCCAUUGCAUCACCCGCACGCGAUCCACUCCGGUCGCUCAAAACCAAGACGUCGACUCUUCUGAGCAACUCCCGAACCACCCAUCGAUAGACGCGCCUGCGCUUCCUCGCUCGCCAUGGCAGACGCGCCGAAUACCCAGGACGAGCUUUACCCCAUCGCCGUCCUCAUCGAUGAGCUAAAGCACGACGAUGUCCUUCUGCGUCUCAAUGCCAUCCACCGCCUGUCCACCAUCGCCCUUGCCCUGGGCGCCGAGCGCACGCGAGAGGAAUUGAUUCCCUUCCUCGACGAGUCCGUCGAGGACGAAGACGAGGUAUUGGUCGCUCUCAGCGGCGAGCUGGGCAACUUCAUCGAGUAUGUCGGAGGCGCCCAAUGGGGCCAUGUUCUUCUUUCCCCCCUCGAGAAUCUCGCUGCGAUCGAAGAGCCCGUCGUGCGGGACAAGGCCGUCGAGUCCCUCAACAAGAUCUGCGAGGAGCUCUCUUCCCAGCAAGUCGAAGAAUAUUUUAUUCCCUUGACGGUCCGACUGUCAAAAGCAGACUGGUUCACCUCCAAGGUGUCCGGCUGCGGCCUCUACACAACGCCCUACAAGAAGGUAUCCCCGCCUGUGCAAGAAGAGCUCCGGAAGCAGUUCGGCCAGCUUGUUCACGAUGAGACGCCCAUGGUCAGACGCCAAGCUGCCACCAACCUUGCGAAAUUUGUCAAGGAGAUGCCAGCUGCUAUUGUCGUCGAGGAAAUGAUACCCCUUUUCCAGCACCUCGCCCAAGACGACCAGGACAGCGUCCGCCUCCUCACCGUCGAGAUCCUCAUUUCCAUCGCCGAAGUCGUGCCCAAGGAGCAGCAGUCGAGCCACGGUGUCCUUCUUACUUCCCUGCGCAACCUGAUCGAGGACAAGAGCUGGAGAGUCAGGUACAUGAUUGCCGACAGAUUCGAAAAGAUUUCCAAGGCCGUCGACGAAGAGGUCGUUUCAAGGGAUCUGGUGCCAUCGUUUGUCAAGCUUCUCAAGGACAAUGAGGCCGAGGUUCGGACCGCCAUCGCCGGACAAAUACCCGGCUUCUGUGCUCUGGUCGACCGAACCGUUCUCCUGAACGAUAUCAUGAGCAGCGUUGAGGACCUUGUUUCCGACACUUCUCAGCACGUUAGAGCUGCCCUCGGAACUCAGAUUAGCGGUCUAGCUCCCAUUCUGGGCAAGCAAGAGACCAUUGACCAUCUUCUGCCUAUGUUCUUGCAAAUGCUGAAGGACGAGUUCCCCGAAGUCCGCCUGCAUAUCAUUUCGAAGCUUGAGCUGGUCAACCAAGUCAUCGGCAUCGACCUUCUCUCACAGUCUCUCCUCCCUGCCAUCGUUCAGCUUGCUGAGGAUAAGCAGUGGCGAGUACGAUUGGCCAUCAUCGAGUACAUCCCUCUCCUUGCCAGCCAGCUUGGAGUCAAGUUCUUCGACGAGAAGCUCAGCAACCUCUGCAUGAGCUGGCUCGGCGACACAGUCUUUUCGAUCCGUGAGGCCGCGACGCAUAACUUGAAGAAGCUCACUGAGGUAUUUGGGGUUGAAUGGGCAAGCGAGGCGAUCAUUCCCAAGGUUAUGGCUAUGGGCAACCACCCCAACUACCUAUACCGAAUGACGACCGCCUUCGCCAUCACCACCCUCGCUUCGGUAGUUAGCCUCGAUGUUAUUGCUGACAAGAUCCUGCCCAUGCUGGACAAGCUCGUUGACGACGAGAUCCCGAACAUCCGCUUCAACGUUGCUAAGACAUAUGGCGUUCUGAUUGACGUUCUGCGCCGUCUGCCGGAAGAGGGCACCAUCUACUCGCUGGAGAAGGAGGGCAACGCCUUCACCGCGUCCCCGAGGGGCAUGGAGCUGAUCCAGACGCGCGUCAUCCCCAAGCUUGAGAAGCUGCAAAAAGACGACGACGUCGACGUGCGGUACUUCGCGACAACGUCGGCAAACAGCGUGUCUGGACCUUCUGCGGGCGAGCCUAUGAAUACAUCACCAUAGAUGAGAGACGUAAUGAAGCAAUUCCCAAUCUUUUUACCCGGGCCAUCCCAGUUUCUGUAUCUCGCAUGCUUCGAUCAACACUUGACGGUUUUUGUGGUGCUAGCUUGGCUCGCCUGUCAGAUCUGCGGGAAAGAACAAGAAAUAAAUUAGAAAGAGGAGAGAGUGCGCGUCUUCGAAAGUUUUCAAUCAGGCGACAGGGCGCCUCCAGAGCAUCGGUCGCACGCUGAAUUGAGGGACGGAUUGGAGGAGAGGGGGCGAAGGGUAGGCUACGUUCACCAUACUCUCUUGCGAAAAAGCAAUGCAAAUGUAUGAUACACCAGCAGUCGUCAGAAAAGAAAUGUGAUGUAGCAACCAAGAACAGUCAGUUGCUCGUGUCGGCACUUGAACCUACGAUUUGUACGGUGCGUGUGGGUGGGG